CGUCUGCAACAAUCAAACUCUUGAUAAUUAAAACUCCUUUUUUUUUUUUAGCAUUCAUUUUUUUCUCAUAUUUAAGCUUCUAUCAAUGCAUGGCGCCAACCCCACUAACAAGCAACCCUUUUUACUCUCAUCAUCACAACUAUUGUCAUUUCUUCACUCCACUACAACUACCACCACCAUAUCUUUCAAUUUCUUCACACAAUUAUCUAAAUAAUUAUUCCUUAAACUGAUGUUCUUUAUCCUUGAAUGAAUUCUGCUGAGCUCUGUAGUCUCAAUCUCUAAGAACGCGGCCGGUUGGAUGAUCAUGGGGCUGCGGUUGGAGCUGUGCAUUGUUUUGUUUAUCUUCAAUGGCAUUUUGGAUGUCAUUUUCUGUGAUCAACAAGGUUUUCUGAGCUUAUCAUGUGGAGGAAAUACAACUUAUGUUGAUUCACAAAACAUAACAUGGAUCUCUGAUGAUGAAUAUAUCAAUGUGGGUCGAUCACUUACUACAAAUUAUGUUGACAAUACAUCUUCAAUGAAUACUUCAGUCCGAUAUUUCCCUGAUGCAAGAGCGCGAAAUUGUUAUAAGCUUCCUGUGCAGAAUAUAUCAUCUUCAAUUCUUGUUAGAGCUAAAUUUGUGUAUCAGAAUUAUGACAAGCUUAAGAGAGCUCCAGCAUUCAAUCUUUCCCUAGGUAGAGCUAUGACUGCUGCAAUAAACCUCUCGAAGGCUGAUCCAUGGACCGAAGAAUUUAUAUGGCCGGUUACCAAGGAUGAUGUACCAUUCUGUUUGUAUCACAUACCAAAUGGUGGAAACCCUGUGAUAUCUUCACUUGAACUUCGGCCACUUCCUCAAGGAGCUUACAAUAGCGGUUUGGUUGGUCCUCGAAAGAACUUUCUAAGGAAGUGUUAUCGGAUAAACUGUGGUUAUACCAAUGGGUCUAUUAGGUACCCCUUGGAUCGAUAUGAUCGUGUAUGGGAUGCUGAUGUAGAUUUUUCCCCCUCUCAUCUAUCAAUUCCUCUUUAUACCAAAGUUGGCCUCAAUGCCCCCUCAAUAAGUGAGGUGCCGCCUUUGGCUGUUUUGCAAACCGCCAGACUGCUGGAGAAAAGAAACUUCUUAACUUAUAAUCUGCCACUUGAUGAGCUUGGAAACUACUAUAUAGUACUCUACUUUGCAGGGAUUAUACCAGUUUACUCCAGGUUUAACAUAUUGGCUAAUGGAGAAACUAUUCAAUUGAAUUACACUGUGAUUAGCAGAAACUCCAGUGUACACUAUUUCACUAUGAAACAAGUUAGAGGACUGAACAUUACCUUCCAAAAUAUCAGCUUUUACCCUCUAGUUAAUGCUAUUGAGGUGUUUGAGAUUGUCGAUAUACCUCCAGAAACUUCUUCAACCACAGUUUCAGCUCUUGAGGUUAUUCAGCAAUACACAGGUCUAGAUUUGGGAUGGGAGGAAGAUCCGUGCUUUCCAAAACCAUGGAAUCAUAUAACUUGUGACGGAAAUCUUGUCAAAUCUAUAGAACUUUCUGGUAUAAAUUUGAGGUCAAUCAGCCCUGCCUUUGGUGACCUGCUUGAUCUUAGAGC